AUGACAAAAGCCCACAUUCGCCACAGCCGUAUCAAACCCUAUGAUAUAAACAAUUUCUGGUUUAGGGUUUUCUAUUCACUCGCGUCCACCGGAGCUUCUUCAUCUUCUCAAUUGGUCUUUGUCUGUCUAACCAAUCUUCAAAAAGCCAUGAUUAUCCCAGAGAAGAAUCGGAGAGAGAUCUCCAAGUACCUAUUCCAAGAGGGCGUGUGCUACGCGAAGAAGGAUUACAACUUGGCUAAGCACCCGGAAAUUGAUGUCCCGAACUUGCAGGUGAUUAAGCUUAUGCAAAGCUUCAAGUCAAAGGAGUACGUGCGAGAGACAUUCGCCUGGAUGCACUAUUACUGGUAUUUGACCAACGAUGGAAUUGAAUUCCUUCGUACAUACCUUAAUCUUCCUUCGGAGAUUGUGCCAGCUACCCUCAAGAAGUCCGCCAAGCCGCUUGGCCGUCCCAUGGGUGGACCACCAGGCGACCGCCCGCGUGGACCUCCAAGAUUCGAUGGUGAUAGACCAAGGUUUGGAGAUAGGGAUGGAUACCGUGGUGGGCCAAGAGGCCCCCCAGGCGAGUUUGGCGGUGAAAAAGGUGGAGCUCCUGCUGACUACCAGCCUGCUUUCAGGGGUUCUGGUGGAAGGCCUGGCUUUGGACGUGGAUCUGGUGGCUAUGGUGCACCACCCCCAAGUUAA